AUGAAUGUUGGUGCACUACCUGUUGGUAUACUCUUGGAUCGUCUAGGACCUCGUGUAACGAUUACGGUCGCUGCUAUUAUUGAAGUCUCAGGCUUGACAAUGCUCGCAUUAUCUGACUCCAAGACGUUUGAUAUGUUUGUACCAGCUUACGUGUUGAUUGCCUUUGGUGGAUGUAUUACUAUGAUGUCAUCGUACCCCGCUAGCUUUGUAAUUAUGCACUAUCAGACUGCAAUCCUUGCAGCUAUUAGUUGUCUUUUUGAUGGCAGUAGCGUUGUGUUUCUUGUCUUGUAUGCUGCUCACGAACGCUUUGGAUGGUCAAGAAGCGAGCUAUUUCUUGGACUUGCUGCAAUGGCUAUAGCCGUCUAUUUGAUGCUUAUUUUCCUCUGGGGACUUAACGAGAAGAGUUUGCGUUCAAAACGCAGACCUGGUGUCAAUGGUAAUGACACGAUUGUAUCGACACCACAGCGAGAACAAUUGCUGUUGAGAAAUGGAAAACCCAAGAAUAUAGCAUAUGGCAGUAUGGAGGUAGAGCAGACCAUGCCGAUCCCGUUGACAUCAGAAAUGGCCAAGGCCGAUGAUGUAGCGCUCCAUCUUGUGGAUAUCUCUAUCAGUAAGCAGAUGAGAUCGUUCGAGUUUGUGUACAUCGUGAUGUAUGCAGCAGUGCAAGUAUUGCGGGCGAAUAUCUAUAUUGGCACGGCCAACAAGCUGCUGGACAACUACGGUGACCGUGAGCAUGACUAUCUUUACACCAAGGUGUUUAGCUUUGUAUUGCCGAUUGGCUUCCUCUUUGUGCCGUCGAUCGAUUAUUUGGUGGAGACUCGCGGGCUGUCAAAGGCAUUGCUGUUUACAAAUGUACUAGGUGUACUUUACAACGUGCUCGAGCUUAUACCGAAUCUCCCAGUGCAGUGCGUAGCCUUCCUUCUCUUCACUGCGUUUCGUGCGUUUUUGUACGCAAUCAUCUCGGCAUUUACUGCAAAGACCUUUGGUCUUAAGAACAUGGGUUCUUUAAUGGGUAUCAUAUUUUCAAUUGGCUCGGUCAUUAGUCUGGUAGAGUAUCCGGCCGUGUACAUCUCCAACUCACUAUUUCGCGGUGACUUGACAGUACUGAACCUCGUGUCGCUUGUAUUUUGCAUCCUGAUGAUUCCGCUGACAAUGUAUCUGCGUAAAUAUGAACACGAACACGAGAAGAAGCGCCGUGCCGAGAUUGCGCUCAAAACCGGCGUCGCGAAUGCACACGUCCAUCAUCGUGAAACCUAUUCGUCACUUAUGGAUACACCAGCUCUUGGUGUAGCAUUUCUCCGUUCACCGGGCAAUGUAUCAGCCACAUCACAACCUCUUUUCUCCUGA